UCUCAACAUGUAUUUAAGCUUGAUUUAUUUCUAUGAUAUGAUAAGUCGAAUCUGUUUGGAUAAAGCAGCCGUCCGUAAGAGCAUCUGACGUUCCUCUCGGCCCUUCUUCAGAUGAAAAGAGCCGAAAAGUCAAAAAAAAACCAUCAACUACCUGCAAAUCCCUGCAAUCAGUCUCCAAUCGCCGGUUUCUCUCAUAAAAUUUUGGGGCCUGCCUAUAGCUGCCCUGCCCGAAUUGGGUCCGACGCGUUUCAGCGACCCGAUUAUUUCCAGACAAAACUGCUUUGGCUUACAGACUUGCACAUGUCUCGUAAACGCAAUGCUGUUGUUGCUAUUGGUUUAGUAGCCUUUGCCUCUGCCGGCUUGGCAUUCCCAUUUUACAUGGCGUCACGUUCAUCAAGGGCAACACCUGUGAUUGAUUCAUCAAAAGCGCUACCACCCCAGGCCACUUUUCGGGGACCUUAUAUCAAUACUGGUUCACGUGAUAUUGGACCUGAUCAUCAAACUUACUCUAAGAAAUAAUUCAGUCUCAUAUAAAGUCCCUUUCUUGAUUCUUUAUUUUAUUCACAUUGUAUGACAUGCAGAUUAGUUCUCCCCUAUGCCACAUUGUAAGUCAUGAUUCUUGUUUUGUAUGCAUGUUUUCUUCUAUCUUGACAUGUCUCAUGUUUGUCUCCUUUUGUAUACUCCAUUGUAUUGGAUAAAUGGUAUUCACACACAAGGCUUAUGCAAAUAAAUUUACAGGCAACUUUUUUCUUUUAAUGUCUC